AAAUCGACUGCUUUGGAUGGAAUGCUCUAUGGACUGCUCUGUCUACUGCCGCGAGUCGGACAAUUUUAUAUAUUUCAUGACGUCAAUGACGUUUAGUGACGGUUAGGGAGUUUCUUCAAGUGUGGCAGUUAUGCCCUACAGUCAACUGUUCAUAACAGUACGACGGCUGAACAAUUAAACUCGUUUUUAGUCAAUUGUACCAACGCAUAUGAUUUAGCAACGGAAUCCCAGAAGGAUAUCCUUUUUAAAUACAUCCUUUGCCAACUGCAGGGCAAGGCUGAAUUAGCCUGCACCAUCAAAGAGUUCACCAACUGGCAUCAAUUGAAAGAGAACAACUUUUCUUGGAGUACAUUAAGAAAUGUUAUGAAACAUUUAAAUUUCAAAUAUGUCACAAAAUCAAGACAAAGCAUUUUAAUUGACAGACAGGACAUUGUUUUAUGGCGCCAGCGAUACCUUCGAAAAAUUAAAGAGUAUAGAAGGGAAGAAAGGUAUAUUUAUUACCAAGAUGAAACCUGGAUCAACGAAGGUCAUACCUCGAAAAAGGCAUGGAUUGACCAGACGGUGUUAUCGUGCCGCCAGGCCUUCCUAGAUGGCUUGACCACUGGCUUAAAACAGCCUUCAGGAAAGGGCAAACGCUUAAUUAUCGGUCAUAUAGACGGGGUAGAAGGAUUCGUAGAAGACAGCUUAUUAAUAUUUGAAGCAAAAAAAAAACUAACGAGCAAAAAUGUUUCAUUUGAAGAUGGAAUGGUUAAAGCUACUCUUAUAGACAUUGUACGGCAGCACAGAGAAGAACAUUGCGAAAAGUAUGUUGUGGACGAGAUGGCAGCGCAGCACGGCAUAAUUGUUUUACGUCUGCCCCCAUACCAUUGUGAGCUCAAUCCUAUUGAGUUGGUAUGGGCGCAAGCUAAAGGAUAUGUUGCAAAAAAUAAUAAAACAUUCAAAAUGGCAGAAGUGAAAAAACUUUUUGAAGAAGGACUGCAAAAUAUCACUUGUGAAAAAUGGAGUAGCUGGGUGUCUCACAUAAUUAAAGAAGAAGAAAAAAUGUAUGGUCUCGACGACAUGAUUGAUAAUGAUUUAUUUACAUUACAUUUACAGAUUUAUUAUUAA